GGCGCGGGGCGGCCCCGCCGAGGAUGCUGCGGCUGCGCUGCAAGGCCCGGAGCGGCACCCACCCCCUGCCCGGCCUCACGGCCCACUCCCGCCUCCGAGACAUGCAGGCCGCGCUGGCUGCCCUCACCGGCGUCCCCGCCCCGGCCCAGCGCCUCCUGCUCGGUUUCCCGCCGCGGAGCCUGGAUCUCAGCGACGGCGAGCGGCGGCUCGGAGACCUCGGCAUCCACUCGGGUGAUACCCUCAUAGUCGAAGAGGAUACGUCCAAACCCAAGCCCGACUCGCCCGUCGUCGCCAAGAGAACGAUGUCGAACUCGGUGAGGGAAGCGGUGCCGGUGCUCAUGAGGAGGGUUGUCCCGGCGGAUAACUCCUGUCUCUUCACCAGCAUCUACUACGUGGUGGAGGGAGGCGUUUACGACCCAGGUUGCGCCCCAGAGAUGCGCAACCUCAUCGCCCAGAUAGUGGCCAGCGAUCCCGAAUCUUACUGUGAGGCAGUUCUAGGGAAAACUAACAGGGAGUAUUGCGACUGGAUCAGAAGAGAAGAGACUUGGGGAGGAGCCAUCGAAGUGUCCAUUCUAUCCAAAUUUUACCAGUGUGAGAUCUGUGUGGUGGACACGCAGACGGUCAGAAUCGACCGUUUCGGGGAAGAUGCCAGUUACACCAAGCGGGUCCUUUUAAUUUACGACGGGAUUCAUUACGAUCCACUCGAGCGUAAAAUCCCCGACUCGGACGUUCCUCCCCAAACCAUUUUCUCCACGACUGAUGAUGUUGUUCUUGCUCAAGCCUUGGAGCUGGCGGACGAAGCCAGACGGAAGAGGCAGUUUACCGACGUGAAUCGCUUUACGCUGAGGUGCAUGGUGUGCCAGAAGGGACUAACUGGACAAGUGGAGGCCAGAGAACAUGCCAAGGAGACCGGACACACCAACUUUGGGGAAGUGUGACGUCUACACGAGGAGGGUUACAUCGACUACCUCACCCAUCCAGAAUAAAAUUCUGGAUUUCCAGAUAAGCUGUAUGUAAGCAUAAAAUUCCGUUCACAAAAGCUUGAAAAGCGUUAUUAACUUAAUGAUGGCCGAGACGCACAGGUUUGUUAUGGGUAGUGACUUUUCCAAUGGGUUUGAAAUAGGUUUCUUCUCGCAUGCUAAUUUAUAGUGCUUUGGCAGGUGGUAUAGACCGGCAGCUACAGCCUGAUUUCUGAAAUAAUCUGUGAUCUGAGCAGACACACAAAAUCAGGCUCGUUCAACACUAGCGUAAAACCUUAGCCUCUAAGUUGCUGAAUGAAUUAUUGUAUUACACUUUCAGAGUAAUUAAAUUAAUCUAAGAGUUUGGGAAAACACGUAUCAGCAUUACUUCUACUAAGAAUUAGAAUCUGCACCUACAAGCAGUUCUCGCAGGGAAACUGCUCAUUUGGUGCACAAUUUUUAAUGGCAAGAGCAUCUCCAAAGCUGCCCUAUACUAUGGUACCAUCAGAAGUAGACUCUAUUGUUUGUGUGAAGUCAUGGCUUUAGAGAAAGAAAUGGCCUCUAAGCUUUAAGAUAGCCUUCUUUAAAUUAAUGAGUAGAUGGUUAAGUGUUGAAUAAACUUAUUAAUCCUUCGUAGGUAGUUUUUAGUUGCUUGAAAAAAUAACUAUCAACCCCCCCCCCCCGGUGUUUACACUGCAUCAGAAGGUAGGCAUGUUUCUUGGAAUACCUGGGAUUCUUCUUUAUAAUAGUAUCUGGCAAGAGGGGAAUACAGUAGUUAGGAAGUGACUUAAUUUGCAUCUGUUACAUACACUUAAGCAGACUUGACUUGGGUAUAGCUGAUGUCGUGGCCACAGUGUUACUAAGCUGUACCAGAUUCCAAAUACUGUAAAUGAGCACUUUAAGGUAUAGUUCUCACUCUGCCGGUAAAAAAAAAGUUUUGCCCUUUUUAAAGGACAAAGUGCUAACCCAGAAGGGAGGCUUGAAGUUUCUUCAUCUGCAUUCUGCCUUAAUGUGUUUGAUUUGUCACCGAUGACUGUUCAGUAGCAAGACUUUAAUUCUGAUAAUGAAGGGUGCGGUUUAAUUUUCGGAACAAAAAUAAGCUGCGUGAACUGCCCUACUUCUCGUACUGUUCAGAAUCAGGGAUGGUGGAAUUGGUUUAAUGUCUCUUACCUCACAGCAGGGUCGUGAGGCUUAACAGUAAGUGCUUUUGAGGUCUUUUAAAAGGUGCUGUAAAGGUGCAUAUUACUGAAAGGGAUUUUUUUUUUUCUUUGAAAUGCCUGCAACACAUACGUGUUUCACUGAAUUUCAAAAUACUCGUAGCCUGCUAUUCUUCUGUUACUCUGUUUUGAGGUACCUUCCUUGCACUUUUACAAAUGGGGAGCAAGAACGUGCAUCUUCGGCCUGAGGCAGAAAUAAACCCACCUUCCAAGUGGAAACCUAAGAUCUAGUUUCAAAGGCCUCCAUUCUGGCUAAACUCCUGCUGCAGCAAAAUCUUCUUUUCUAUAAAAAGCACGUUUCGCUGAAGUUCUCAGCAGAGGCUCCCAGUUGGACCUUGAAAUACAGGAGAGUCUUAUUGAAAAUGGAACAUAAUUACAUAAGUAAGUGCUUUGCUGAAUUGCAGCAUGAAUAAUUAAUCAAGAAUAGAAUCACCAAGAGCACUACGGACCAGGUUUCUUUUAAAUUCAGUAUUAAGAUACACAUUAGAGCUGUUGGGAGUUUCCUAUAGAAAGCCACUUCGCUUCCAGUGUUUUAAACCCCACUUUGCUUUUAGCCUGUCAUUAGGAAAAAAAACCAAAACACACCAAAACCCCACCAUUAAAACCAGCCCUCUAGAAGCUGAUGCUUAUAAACCUAAAGAAAUACCUGAGAGUUCAAAGGAACUUGAAGAUUACACUGUGUUAUAACUACUUGAGAUGAAAUACUGUCUAGGAAUGAGACCAAGAGACUGUCAGUCCUAAGUCGUACUCGCAGCUCUCACACCGAGACGCCUGGGACAAGGAGCUGAUCCUCACCAUUUGCCAUCUGUAAAAUGGGCAUAAUACCUACCUCAGAGAGGUGCGAAGGCCUUUGGGUGUCUGAAACAGAGGUGGAAGAUGUGUAUUUAUUGUCUGCCAUGUUUGCAAAGGCAUUGACUUUGGGGAGCAACACUUAGAUUUGAGCUUUGUAUCCUGGAUGGAUUUCUGAAAGCGUGUAAAAAAAAACAAACCUAUUUUUGUUGGUAUUUCUCAGUUGCAGUAUUUUUAAAAUUAGCGUAUUUAAUCCGGAGUGUUUAGCUUCGCUGUAUCAUGGUUGCAUUGGAAAUCUGCUGAGAGAGCAUCAGUUCUGUUUGAGGGAGAUGUGUCAAUAUCACUGCUUGGAUGUUUUCUUUCGUUGCCUAGAAAAUAAAAUCUCUUUGGUUAAAAAAAAA